CAAAUCCCUCAGCACACAGACACAAGCUCACUCUCCCUAAAGGAGGGAGUGAGGCAGAGACACAGAGAGGGGAUUGAGAGGAACAGGAGAGGAGGCUAUCUCUGGGCUGCUCUCGUCUGCAGCGUCUGGCUUUCACUUAAAGGUCUAUGACUGUGUUUUUCCUGUGCUUGUUUGCCUAAUUUAUUCCUGCCGGGGCCAGCAGAAAGAAAGGCGGAAAAGGAAGAAAAAAAAAAAAGGACGGGCAGUAUAGUAAAGAGUGCAACAGUACACCCUGACUUGCUGACAGGGAAUGCAGAGAGGUUCUGGCCUCUGGUUGUUACUGCUGGAUGGACAAGCACUGACAAAACAAGAGAAGGAAGAGCGAGACAACACUUUGUGGAGCUGAGAGUGGAGGCGCAACUGCGACUAAGGAGAUUUCUCAACUCUGCUUUUGGCUUGUUUUUUCUGUGACAUUUGAGCCUCUGACACCACAGACUCUGAAGAGUUGGAGGACCCACAAGAAAACAUAAUUUCACCACUGACACAAAAGAGGAGGAUUUAUUUGAUUAACUUUGUUGCUGCAGAGACCACAGAGACAUUGUUCUAGGAGUGAAAGAAGUGUAUUGUCUUUCUCACCACUUCUUAUUUUAAUAUCAAGUGUGGAAUCAGUUUCAGCUGGAACUGUUUGGUUAUUUAUAAGGCACAAAGGUGUUCCUGAUCUAAAAUACUUAUUGUAUAUAAAAGCUGAAGGGGCACUGUGGCCAUCUCCUCUCAGAAUACCAAAGAAAGAAAAUCCAAUUUCCAAAACUCCCCAUAAGUCUUGUUUUUCUUUUGGGACAUAAAUGAGCAUUUCCAGACCAAAAUCUUAUCCUAUUUUUCCUCUUCAUCACUAUCACCUCUGCUUCUGUAACAGCCUCGACAAGUCAAGAGUGAGUCUGGACUAGAACUGUCUCAGAUCACCAGAUAACUCUUCUGCAUGGCAGGAACUGGUUGGACUAGUUUAUAAGUUGGAGGAGAGGGCAGGGCAGUUUAACCCUGCCUGAAGGAGAGCUGUGUUUUAUUUUCCUCCCACUUGCUUGUCCUUCUGGGAGAAAGUCGUGCACUGAGAGAGGGGCAGAGCUUCUUGUUCAUUUGAAAGCGACUCUGUUUUGUCCCUCGUCACUAUGCUUAGGGAUAGGUGAGGUGUUUUUUUUUUUAUUAUUUCUUCCAGGAGGCAAACGGAGAGAGAAAGUGACAGGGAGUGAGAAACAGUCUAAGUGUAAUUUAUUGUUUCCUGUGAAAAGAGCAAGGCUGCACCCUUUUCUUCUGCCUGAACUCUGAACCACUCCACUCUGAAGUUUUCUCAGACCUUGGGAGCCAUUGAUCGGAGGUCAGGGCAGAGAACACAGGGGUGAAAGACAAGAACAGAGAGAGCAGAGGGAUUAAAGUAGAGAGAAAGAAAACAGCACUGGGAAGGACCUCCAGGUCAUUACAACCAGACGGCAAAGGGGAGAAAGGUCAACACAGUCCGGGACAACUUUUUAUCCCACUUUUAGAUCUUCUUGAACAAAACCUGCCUUUAAUACAAGCCUGGAGUCACUGUUUUCUUGUCUGGAAUCAGUUUUUAGACUUUGAGGGUAGUUGGAAGCUGCGGGACAGGGCGGGUCUGUGUAUGAUCCACUCACAGGGCAGCGUGUCUCAGAGAAUAUGGCCAUGGUGAGCGGGGGAUGGGGCAACCCCAACGGGGACACUAAUGGACUGGGGGAGAAGGCUUACCUGAGAAGGGAAGAAGAGGAGAGCUCGCCUCAGGCCGGGAGCAGCGAUGUGGACGUCGGGGACGAGGACAAGGCCUGCGUGGUGGACUGUGUGGUGUGCGGGGACAAGUCCAGUGGGAAGCACUACGGCGUGUUCACCUGCGAGGGGUGCAAGAGCUUCUUUAAGAGGAGCAUCAGACGAAACCUCAACUACUCCUGCAGAUCAAAUCGAGAAUGCCAAAUCGACCAGCAUCACCGCAACCAGUGCCAAUACUGUCGUCUGAAGAAAUGUUUCCGUGUUGGAAUGCGCAAAGAAGCAGUCCAGAGGGGUCGAAUCCCUCCAUCUCACCCAGGUAUCAGUCCAAACUCCCUGGCAGGUGGGAUUGGAGGUGCAAUUCCAGGUCACAUUGGGGCGGACUACUUCAACGGGCAGCCGGUGUCAGAGCUCAUCUCCCAGCUCCUUCGGGCCGAGCCGUACCCCAAUAGCCGCUACGGGGCCCCGUAUAGUCAGGCACAGAUGCAGGCAUCUGCGAGCGGAGCCUCUGUCAUGGGCAUCGACAGCAUCUGUGAGCUGGCCGCCAGGCUGCUUUUCAGCACCAUUGAGUGGGCCAGAAACAUCCCAUACUUCCCAGAUCUACCAGUCUCAGAGCAGGUGGCGUUGCUGAGGCUGAGCUGGAGCGAGCUGUUUAUCCUGAACGCAGCUCAGUCUGCUUUGCCUAUACAUAUGGCUCCUCUGCUGGCAGCUGCCGGGUUUCACUCGUCGCCCAUGUCUGCUGAGCGUGUUGUGUCCUUCAUGGACCAGGUCAGAGUUUUCCAGGACCAGGUGGACAAGCUGAACAGGUUGCAGGUGGAUACAGCUGAGUACAGCUGCCUCAAAGCCAUUGCACUCUUUUCACCUGAUGCAUGUGGUCUGACAGACCCAGCCCAUGUGGAGUCCCUGCAGGAGAAGGCCCAGGUCGCCCUAACAGAGUACGAGAGGUUGCAGUACCCCAACCAGCCUCAGCGCUUCGGCCGUUUACUGCUGCGCCUCCCUGCUCUCCGUGCCGUGCCAGCCAAUCUCAUCUCCCAGCUCUUCUUUAUGCGCCUUGUGGGCAAGACACCCAUCGAGACACUGAUCCGAGACAUGCAGCUAUCAGGGAGCUCCAUCAGCUGGCCCUACGCACCGGGACAGUGAACCCAGCUGAGUGAGACGGACUGAGAUCAGAUUGGGAGGAAUCAGAGCUCACAAAGAUUACAUACAAGUUCAAACUGAAUGUUAUGAAUGCAAACUGGGACCUCAGAAGUUUAAGGCCCUGUUUGUGAGUGUAGAGGUCAGCUUUUCCCACAUUAGCUCUGUAAAGUUUGGUGGAAGUCACACCAAAGCUGCUUUCAGGGAAGCAAAAAAUGUGUAAUUGUCUUUAUAUGUGUUUGCAGCACUUGUCAGUUUAGCUCUGACCUCCGUCUGAUCUCUCUCUGUCUCAUUCAACAUGAGGCCAUGUGCCUGUACUACCUCCUCCCAUAUCACCCCUCAUGUGACUCAGUUUGAACCCAGGCUCUGUGUGUUUUCCCUCUUCUUCAUUUUCUAAGUCAAAAUGAAGCCAUAGCAGUGCCACUUUUAUAGUUCAGAGCUGGCCUACAGUGGCAGAUUCAGAGCUUUAUAUCGUCACAGCUGGGAAAUGUUGUGGAGAUCAUAUCCAAGUUGUGUCAUGUUUUAUAUGUGGGAUGACUGCAUAGUAUCACCUUGUACAGCAUUAAAACAAAGAAGAGGCAUGGGCAUUGUAGUGUAUAUUGUACUACAUAAAGUACUGUAUAUACAAGACAUAUUUUGUAUGUUAUAAGGAAUAGUUCAACAUUUUGGGGAAUAUGCUUAUUUGCUUUCUUGCAGAGUUAGAUGAGAGGAUUGAUUCCAUGUACACGUCUGUAUGGUAAAUAUGAAGUUACAGCCAGCAGCUGGUUAGCUUAGCUUAGCAUAAGGAUAGGGGGAAACAUCUAGUCUGUCCAAAGGUAACAAAAUCCACCUGCCAACACCUCCAAAGCUCACUUAUUAACAAGUUGUAUCUCCUUUGUUUAAUCCAUACAAAAACUAAAGUGUAAAAACAACAUGUUUUGGAAUAUACAUGGAAUAUUUCUUGCCCGGGACCGGUAACUUCCUGGAGUCUCCACUGAUUGCAACGGAUUCAACAAAUGAAAUAUAAUUAGUUAAUUAGUAAGUUUUAGAGGCCCUGGUAGGCAGAUUUUGUUACCGUUUGACAAAGCCAGGCUAGCUGUUACCCCUGUUCCGAGUCUUUAUGCUAAGCUAAGCUAACCAGCUGCUGGUUCCAGAUUCAUGUUUACUGGACUCUCGGCAAGAAAGUGAAUAAGCGUAUUUCCAAAAUGUUGACCUAUUCCUUUAAUAUAGUAUAUAGUACAUUAAUGUUCUUGUAAUAGUAAUCGACAGGAAGUGGAGGUGAAUGUAUGUAAACACACCCUGGCUCCUCAGACAGUCACAUCCCUGUCAAACAUUAUUACCUCGUGUUUUAUACAUCAAAGACAAAGAUUGUUUAUUCAUGUGUGUGCUAAAGAUAAAUAUAAAGGGAUCAAGGUAUCUUUAUCACAUAAACUAUGAACAGUAAUAUUCCCCUACAGACCUGCCUGUCCACCAGACUGGCCAAAAUAUAUUUGAGAAUGUUGUUUGAAUGUUUUGAAAUGUUAUGCUUGAUGUAAACUUUGGGUGUCAAGUUUGACAUAUCCAGAAAGCUACACUGAGUCGAGUGACCUUUGCUUUUCUGAUUAAUCUCUGCAAACUAGAGACCGUUUCCUUUGGUAGUUCUUUUUUUUUUCAUAUUUGUGGUCCCCUUUUAAAAGCAGUUUGUUAAAGCACAGCCCAAUGGACAGAGGUCACUUUCAGAUAAUUAUUGUGCUUAUGCAAGGUACUCUAAGUGUUGUAAAGGUUAUGGUGUUUGUUGGUACUGAGAUAAAGGGUACUAAGUGGUCACAUUCAUGCAUGUUAUUGUCAUUGCAGCUCAAUGUGACAAAUGUUUUUCUUGCAAAAUUAAGUGACUGAAAGAAAAGACAAUGUAGGGAUAAACAUGUGUUUUUGGAAUGUAUUUUUGUAUUACCUGUUAUUAUAUAUAAAAAAAGGCAACAAUGGUCAUGAUCCCUGAGGCUGUCAAACAACUUCAUCAACAGCUCAUCAUGCUGUCUGUGAAUCACUUUGUGUUAUUUGUUGGAAUAUAGUGAUUUGACUGUGUAGCUUUACUUUCAAAAGAAGCAUAUUUCUAUGAUAAUGUCAAACCUAAAAAUGCAGAAGUUCAUAUGGCUGACUGGUAAUUUUUGCAUUACUAGAAAUAAAAGUAUGCACAUUC